AUGGAUUGUGAUGAGCAGGAUCUGCAACCAACCGUCAAUUCUAUAUAUGGUAUCAAGAAAAUUAUGUUGAUUAGAUGUUCUAAGAAAUGCGAAUCUCAUAUAAGGACGCUAAUACGGGGCAUCAGCGGUACCAGUGUCGUAUCUCAGAUGAAAAUACCCGAUUUUAGUGAGCCCGAACUUAAGGAUACUUCCUCUAUGCUUAAGGUUGAUCGAACUAAACGAAUCUUUUUAACUUCAGGAGAAAUUUAUCAAAAGAAGAAAAAUAAGCGGAAAAGACACGGUGAUGUUGAAGAAUCUCCCACGAAAAGUACCCCCGCAAAAAGCUCAUGGGGAAUUAAUCCAACCUUAUUGUCUGUUCUUAAAAGUGAGAAAGCUGUACCCACUACCGCUGAUACUAUAGGUAGCAGCGACAAGACAAGCAUAGCGCCAUCAGACCUUCAAACUAAUAUAGAGUACUAUCUUCCCGUCGAGAAUACCGUGGGGAGUCUGAAAUACGAAAACAUUUCAAAAGGACUAAGUAAAGCAUUCACAAAACGUCAACUUAAAGAAUACGUCGAUGAAAUGAAAAAGAAGCCAGAAUUCCACCAUGUUGUAUAUAGAAAAGUAAAGGGAAAGAGAGUGGUUAUAAAAGAGGAUUACAUUGACACGAUACUUUUGGAUAUCUGGAAACUAACCAAAACCGAAGGACAAUUAGUAACAGAUGUAUUUGAAAGGAAAACCGUCCCUGUUACCAAACCACAGCAAUACUUGCUCCAUCCAGAAAGAUCAUCAUUAUUUUCAGAAUUGAAGGCAUUGGGUGUCAGCGUGGAAAUGAAGAACGGGGCUUUACACAUGAGUGGAACUCAAACAAGCUUGGAUAUUGCAGAGCAUAGAAUCAAAAAUACAAUUUCUGGGUUUGAGCGUAAAGAGAUCGACUUGUCACAUCUUGCUGAACAGUUUAACAAAGCAGGAAGAGCAGCUCUUCUAUUCAAGUAUGUUCAAGAAACACUCCAUGUCUAUUUCCAGCAUAUUGAAGACGGAAAAUACAUUAUCCAUGCUGAAUAUAUGGGUUCGAUAGAUUUAGCCAAACAGCUCUUGAUUUGGGCUUUGGACUUUAACCCACACAUUGUCAACGAAAUCUACAAUAAGCACGAGCUUUUUAACCACAAGUUUAUUCCAGUAAGCAAUGAUGAAAGUUUAGCAUGGGUGGAAAAAUCAACUAAUUCUUUUUAUCAACAAAUGAAAGAUUUCAAAACACCAACUAAUCCACUUUUGGUAUCCAAAUUGCUGAAGAUGAGAGACCCUAUAGUAGAAUCAAAUGUGUUGAAUGAAUUAGUUGACCAGAAGGCAUUGGAAAGAAAAGCAAUGGAAGAAAAAGCAUUGAAGGAGCUUUCUGGAAUUUCAAGUUUGUUCAAGGAAGAAACUGACAAUUUUGGCAUGGAUGAGUUUGAGAAGCUUUCGCUCAAUGAUGAGUUAUCUCAAUCAAAGGAAGAGACAGAUCAACUUGUAACAAAAGAACAUGUACUGUUAUCAUCCGAAGAUGAGCUUUUAACUACAGAUAUGACAGAAGAAUCUAGCAAAGAGGAUGGGUUUGAAUUCGAUGAAGAACCAUUAACGGUUGAAUUAUCCGAUUACUUCAGUGACUCGGCUGUUGAUAACCUUUAUGAACAACUCAAUGACACUAGUUAUGCUGCUCGAUUAAAGGGCGUUCCUGGGGAUGCAAUUUUGAGCAAAGCAAUCACGGCCCAAUUCGGUAACAUCCUUUUAAAGUCUGAGAAGUCCGAUGAAUUAUUCCCCAAGUUCGAAACAGUUACUGCAGAAAGCGAAUUCAAAUUUGUCAGCAAUGGAAUACCUUAUAUCAGUGACAUAAUCACUUCAUUACCUUCUGCUGCAGAAUCUGUGGAUAUCCCAUACACUACCAAGGUCCAAAUCAGAUUUGCGCCUUCGUUAUUUCACACACUGGAAGGAUCUACCAAAUCUGUUAAGGAAUACUUGGACUACCCUCCGGUUGAAAUACAAGCAGAUAUAAAUACUUUUGGGGUACCCAAUCCAGAAACUAUGCUUGUGUAUACAGCCGAGGCAGUCAAAAAUAUUGCCAUUCCAUUCCCUAAAGCCGCAUGUGACGUUCAAUUAUCGAAAGUUAUUGCCGGCGAUUUGUUGAAGAUUGAUCAUGAAAGUUCCGAACAAGAAGUAUCCGAUGAAGAAAUCAGUAGUAGUUCUCGGAGGUUUAAAAAUCAACCUGACCUUCCUCGUUACUUGGAAGAAUCUAACUUGAAAUUCAAAGGAGACAAAAAGUUACUGUGUAAACCCUCCAUUGACAUAAAUAUUAAUGGAGAGAAGGUAAGAUACGAUUUCGUGAAUGUGACCCAUCGUACAGAAAUCCCAUUCCUUUUCAGAGAUCGAAUAAUUACCCUUGCCAUUGUGGAAGGAGGUGAAUUUGGAGGACGGAGAACAGAAAUUGUCAUGGGAGAAGGAGAAUUGUCAAAGGAGGAAUUCCAAUGGUUUUUAACUGAUGUGGCCCAACUCCUUCAAAGUGCAUCAUAA